AUGCGACAAGCUUGCUCCGUCCUUACAGAUGCCAAUUGUUUCCCUGCUUCCCUUAAUAACUCUGUUACAUAUGCUGGUGCUGUGAAAGCUGCACUCGCAAUUUCAGGCUCUAGCUCACUUCCUGUGGCAACUGUGCAGGGACUCAAUCUCGCCAUUGGGCUACCAAAUCAGCCCCAUGUCAUUAGUCGACAAUCAAGUACACCGAGACGUGCACAAAUGGGAAGAGGCUUUCGUGGAGGUCUGAAAAGCCUACUUUCUGACUCAAAUGAUCUCUGCAACAUGUCUGGAUCUUUUCUCUCUCGUCAAUGCUUCUGUAAAAUCCUAGCACUCGACGGAUCGGUGAGUAUCAACUUUUUUAAAUUUAAAUAG